GCAUAGGCCAAGUUCAUGAAAUUUGUAUGUGUCGGCUACAGGACCAUAGACUUAGGGCAGGGCUAGGCGGAUGUUUGUUAUGUCACGAUGUUUAAAAAAAUCAUGAUCAGGCUGAUGACAAUACUGUCAGUUAUCAUGGUUGUGGAAAAGCAGGUCGACGGAGUUACCGGUGUUGACCUUGGACUUGGUUUUAAACCAAAUGUUCUGUUCCUGGUAGUUGAUGAUUUCCGACCAGCCCUUGGAAGUUAUGGGGAGAAAGUGAAGACACCUAAUUUAGACCAACUAGCUGCCCAGUCAAUUAGGUUCACAGAUGCGCGUGCACAGCAAGCUGUGUGUGCUCCAAGCCGUAUCUCUUUCCUUACUGGGAGACGCCCAGAUUCUACCUUACUGUGGGACUUCACGUCAAGCUACUGGCGGCAGGCAGCUGGAAAUUACACCACAUUACCACAACACUUCAAAGAAAGUGGAUAUUACACUUUGUCAGCUGGCAAAGUUUUCCAUCAUGGUAGGUAUAUGAAGAUAUUUAAUAAAGAAAUAUGCGUAGCUCACAAGUUAACUUGAACAUUCAAAACCAUAUGAGGCUCCAAUAAUAAUAAUAAAACAUUACAAAAAAUUAAAGCUUAAUACCUGUUUGAGAACAAAAGCUUAAAAGGAAUAUACAUAAUUUGCAAAUUGUGUCAAAAAAUACAAAACUACCAAAUUAUUAUGAAAUACUUUACUGGACUAUUAAAGAAUGACCGUCUGGUGUGCUGACAUUU